AUGGAAAAGAAACCACACUUCGUUAGGAGGGAGUUUCCUCCCAGGGAGGUGUCGGCUGUCUCCUGUGUGUUACUGCUUGCGGCCGUCCUGCUCCUUAAUGCCCUGCUCUACCUGUACCUCAACAAGUUUUACACCUCGGCAGGACGUGCCGAAGCGGACCCCAGCCUCUGCCCUUACGGGUACUUCAAACUGGGAGCGGUGAAGAAUUGCUCCCCGUGGCUCUCCUGCGAAGCCAUAAAUAGGGAAGUCAGGAAACUCAAGUGUGUUGGUGAAGGCGCCGUGAAAAAGGUCUUCCUUUCUGAGUGGAAGGAAAACAAAGUGGUCCUCUCACAGCUCACCAACUCAGAGCUGAAGGAGGACUUUCUCCACGGACUGAAGAUGCUGAAAGCACUUCAAAGCAAGCAUGUUGUCCGGCUACUUGGCUACUGUGAGCGGCAGUUCACAAUUCUCACCGAGUACCAUCCCCUAGGCUCCCUGAGGGGCCUGAAUGAAACUCUGCACAUCCCCAAGUACAAGGGCAUGAACACCUGGCAUCGCAGGCUGAUGCUUGCUAUGGACUAUGUGAGCAUCAUUCGGUACCUGCACAGCAGCCCUCUGGGCACCUUAGUGAUGUGUGACUCGAAUGACCUGGACAAGGUCCUCUCUCAGUAUCUCCUAACAAGUGACUUUCACAUCCUGGUGAAUGAUUUGGACGCUUUGCCUCUUGUGAACAGGAGUGCUGGCGUGCUGGUGAAGUGCGGUCAUCGGGAGCUCCGGGGUGAGUUUGUUGCUCCUGAGCAGCGUUGGCCCUAUGGAGAAGAGGUGCCAUUUGAGGACGACCUCAUGCCUCCCUAUGAUGAAAAAACAGACAUCUGGAAAAUCCCGGAUGUCUUCAAUUUUUUCUUGGGCCACGUUGAAGGAAGUGACAUUGUGCGACUGCAUUUGUUUGACAUCCAUGCAGCAUGUAAGAAGAAGGACCCGGCUGAAAGGCCUUCUGCCCAAGAGGUCUUAGACACCUACAGGAAAGUUUUAACUCUGCUUAUUCGGGAAGCGGCCAUGCCUGGUACUAGGGAAAUGUUAUAG